GCAGAAAUAGAAAAACGGACCGCAGAAUAUAAGGCAAGGCUUAUCGAGGAGAUGAUGGCUGGGAACGAAGGAGACCUUUUGGGAGAAGGGUCACGAGAAGAACGCAGGGUCAGUCAGGGCGAAGUCAGGCUCGGAGGGAAGGACAAUAGCCAUAGGGGCACACCCAGUAAGAAGGGUAAGGAAAAGGGGGAGUCCCCAGUCGUAGAGGCGGAAAAGGCAACGACCCCACCUGCCAUAGACAGUGGUACCAGCCGUUUGCCCGCCACGCCGAAAGCAACCAAGGCGUGCGAUGGACUUUGGAGUCUCAGGGAAAGGAUGUUAGGAUGGUUUGAUCCAGAGGGUACGCCAAAGGCCAGGGAAAAGCAUAGGGAUACCAAGGAAGGAGAAGGGGCCAGUUCGGUCGGCGAAACAGAGAGCUCUGAAGGGGGCCUCAAGAAGAUAGUAGUCACCCUCACUCGGGCGCUGAAUAAGAAUCAGGGGUAUCUUGCGGAUGCCAAGAAGAAACUUGCUUUCGACGGGGCAAACAUUACGGAGUUCCUAAUUGACUACGAGAACCUGGCGGCCUUGCUGAAAUGGAUUGAGGAAGAAAAGAUGGAUCACUUAGGACAGCACGUGUCGCUGAGCUUAGGGAGGGACAUUAUGGCUAUUGUCGCCUCUAGUGGAUCCUGGAAAGAGACCCGCAAUGAGAUGAUGAGAAAGUACCUGCAGACAGAGAAAAUGGCAACAGAAGCCGAGUUGGCAGUAGUCCAAACGAAGAACUAUGCGACUUACAACGACUUCCUAAGGGCGUUUACUCUAGUGACAUUACGAAUUUCCGGGUUAACAGACCGUAUAAUGAAAGCUGAGCUGGUAGCUGACAUUGCUUGGGAUCAGCCGAGGGGGCGCGGACCACAGGUGAAUUUCAUCCUAGAAGGUAAUGGGCAAGAUAGGGUGAACAUCACCACCCGUCGGGCAGGGGCAGAAAAGAAACUUAUUAGAGAUAUGGUAAUGGAAAAGGUCGUGGAACUAGCGCAGAUCAAGGCCGACCUACUGGCAGAGUCUCACGCCAGACGAAGCAUUUACUCCCUAAGAGAUCUAUAUUCAGGAUAUGACCAACUACCGCUCGACGUGAGGGAUAGACCGUACACCGCCAUGCACACCCCUGUAGGUCAGCUGCAAAUGCAAGUGACUCCUAUGGGUUUCACAAAUGCUGUGGCGGAGGCACAAAGAAGGAUGUUUGCGGUCGCAGGGGGCAUGUUCCAGGAAAAAUGCGAGCCCUACAUAGAUGACAAUCCCAUAAAAGGCGCGCAGAACAAGGAUGAGACAGAGGUCCAGCCGGGCAUACGAAAGUUUGUCUGGGAUCAUUUACAGGAUAUCAAGGAUCUGCUCCAGCGAUUCCUGGUAUAUAAUAUCACCGCAAGCAGGCCAAAGAGCAUCCUUGCGUUCCCAGAAGUGACUAUACUGGGGUUUCGCUGUGGGGCCUAUGGAAGGAAACCUGACCCGGAAAAAACGAAUAAGAUCUCUCAAUCGUCAACGCCCCUGCGCACCACGACGGAAGUACGAACCUUCCUAGGGGUGGUUGGAUUCUGGAGGAUCUUUAUCAAAGAGUUUGCAAAAGUAGCCGAGCCUAUCCGAGCAAUGAUUAGGGAAGGAGGGACUAUGGAGUGGACCGAGGAUAGGAAAGCAGCAGUCCAGACCCUCAAAGACAUCCUAUCUUCUGAUCAAGUUACCUUGGCAGCACCCUGCUUCAAUGAUGAAGUGGGACGACCCUUUAUCUUGGAAACAGACGGAGGACCAUUGGCAGUAGGAGGAGUCCUGAUACAGAGAAGCGAGGAGGGCAAGGAAAGACCCAUCAGAUUUGAGAGUAGGACCCUGAAAUCGGCAGAACGACGAUAUUCACAGUUCAGAAAAGAGGUCUUAGCCAUCCUGCAUUGCCUUAAGACCUUUCAGGCACACCUAUUCAAAAGAAGGUUUAUUCUGAGAAUCGAUCCGACCAAUGUCGCUGGGGCAUUGAAGAACUACAAGCCUAUAGACUCGACCAUUGGGAGAUGGAUAGGCUUUAUAUGGCAAUUCGACUACAAGGUCGAGCGAAUUGCGGGACUCCGAAACAGGGCAGAUGGGGUAAGUCGGGUUUGCAUCACGCCGGAGGGAAUAGAGGAUGCGGAGCCAAUUGACGUCUUCCUAGAGUACGAAGGGGGGACCCUUGUCGUAGACAACGAGAUGGUAGACGCCGCUCCUACAAUGGAUCAACUGCUGAUUCAGACCCUGGAAAAGGGCGCGUCUGCGGUAGUUGCGGAACUCAAGGAAGGACCAGUCACCACGAUUAGGCGUAAAGAUGAGAAGGAUUCGUGGAGGGCAACGAUCGGGCCGAAAGAAGAGCUGAUGGUCAUUGUCAUUGAAGGGGGUCGAGAUGCUGUGAUGAAUCUAAUGUAUGAUGACAUCUUUAGAGAAAUCGAUAUGCUGCUUAUAGGAAACAAUCAGCCUAUGGAAGUCAGCCUCAAGGCAAGGGAGGAAGCCGAGAAGUAUGUUUUGAGGAACGGUCACCUGUUCAAGAAAGAAGAAGGAAUGAUGUCUAGGCAAGUCGUGUGUGGGAGGUCUAGGCAGUUGGACAUAAUCCAGACGAUGCAUGAUGGGCUAGCCGGAGGGCACCGGUCGUCCAAAGGGACACUUGCGAUAAUUGCGCCUCUUUAUUUCUGGCCGGGUAUGGCAGGCAUGGUGGCGAUGUACUGUCAAGCGUGUCUGAUAUGCCAGGAAAGGAGUUCCGCACGUGUUUUCGAGCCCCUAAGACCUACCCGGGUACUGGGGCCGGGGCACCUGGUCCACCUUGACCUUGCGGUCAUGCUUGUGUCAACGGACGGAUACAGGUACAUCUUGGAUGCAAGGGAUAACCUCAGUGGUUACGUGGAGGCAGUAGCUCUUAAGAGAAAAACGAGAAAGAGAGUGGCCGACUGGGUAGAGGACUUCUACCUAAGGCACCCCUUUGUGCGCAAGUUCAUAGCGGAUAAUGAGACAAAAUUUGUAAAUCACGAAGUGCUAAGCAGGCUCAAGACGUUGUGCGUGCCUAUCAAGAUUAUUGAGCCAUAUCACCCUGAGGCCAAUGCACCAGUAAAAAAGGGGCACCAGACCUUGAAAAACACAAUCGCUAAGUUGGCAGUCGAUGACCAGGGGAACUGGGCUCGGUACCUUAAACAGGUCGUCUUCUCAGAGAACAUGACGCCAAAGAGGACGACGGGAUGCAUUCCGGCAGAACUCUGGUAUGAGAGGGAGAUUGAUUUCCCGGUGGAAGCUUUGGUUCCUACCUGGAACAGGCUAGAUGACAAUCCACACAUGUCCACGGAGGAACUGAUCGUCGCACGUUGUCGACAGGUCGUUAGAAAUGAGGAAGCCUUGGAGGAUGUGGUUAAGCGUGUGAUGGACAACCGAAUGAAGGACAAAGCAAGAUGGGACCAGGUCAAGAAUAUCCGGAAGGAGCCGCUCCAAGUGGGGGAAAGCGUACUAGUUAGGAACUCGGCACUUGAAAGCACAUGGUCUGAACAGCUGGGGAAAAGGUUCAAAGGCCCCUACAGGAUUGCGAAGCGGGUGAGAGUGGACACUUUUGAACUUGAGGAUCUUGAUGGUACUAGGAUAAAGGGGUCAUUUCCGGGACAGAGGCUGGUCAGGUUUUUGAGCAGAGAUCCGGUGGAGCAAUGGUUACAGGAGGCUCGGGAUAAGGAAACAGGGGAAUUGACAACUUGAAAGGCAGGCAGCUGGCCAUAAGUUCUA